UGCGGGUGCUUUGGGUUGACUUGCUUGCUUGGGGCUGUGCAAGCAGAGUUCUUGAAUCCAGGCGAUGUUAAAGACAGGGUGGCUGUGAAAAUUAUUGAGGAGGCUUUGGAAUCAAGAGCACUAGCUGAAGGUGGCGUAGUUACAGAGGGUAGUGCUGGAAGCACAGCCAUAAGUCUUGCAACAGUAGCUUUUGCAUUUGGGUAUACAUGCCAUGUGGUUAUCCCUGAUGAUGCUGCUAUUGAGAAGGCUUUGGAAUCAGGAGCACUAGCUGAAGGCGGGGUAGUUACAGAGGGUAGUGCUGGAAGCACAGCGUCUUGCAACAGUAGCUCCUGCAUUUGGAUGUAUCUAUUGAAGAAUAAUGGGUUGUUUGUUGGAAGUUCAUCAGCCAUGAAUUGUGUUGGAGCUAUUAGAGCGGCACGGGCAUUAGGGCCUGGCCACACUAUCGUGACGAUCUUGUGUGACAAUGGCAUGAGGCAUCUAAACCGGAUCCACUUCCACUUCUUAUCUCCAUCGGAGCCGCCUAUGAGAACCACCGCAUGUGCGAUUGUCACAGCGCUCUCCAUAGCUGUAGUUGUCUCUUACUUCCUCUGCAAGCACACUCAAAAACAGUAUUCUAGACGCAGACAAACCACUUCACUGAAAAAGUCCAGAAAUGAACUCGUCGCCGCCACUGGUUGUGAGAUUCUUGGUAAAGUAGAGUUUUUGAAUCCAGGCGGGAGUGUUAAAGAUAGGGUAGCUGUGAAGAUUAUUGAGAAGUGGUGGGAACUGGAUGCUUUUGUUGCAGCAGCAGGCACCGGUGGCACUUGUUGCACUAUUGCUAGUGUUUCCUGUUUUUUGAAGGAAAAAAACUCAAACAUCAAGUGCUUUAUUGUUGACCCCCCUGGUUCGGGCUUAUUUAACAAUGUAACAAGAGGAGUCAUGUACACGAGAGAGGAAGCUGAAGAUCGGAGGUUGAAGAACCCUUUCGAUACUAUUACUAAAGGGAUUGGAAUCAAUAGAUUGACAGAAAAUUUUAAGCUGGCAAAACUUGAUGGGGAUUUCCGAAACACACACAUUAGUGCACGUGUUAUUACCUUAAUGUUGCUGAUGCUCGUCAGGUAUCUAUUGAAGAAUGAUGGGCUGUUUGUUGGAAGUUCAUCAGCCAUGAAUUGUGUUGGAGCUGUUAGAGUAGCACGAGCAUUAGGGCCUGGCCACACUAUCGUGACGAUCUUGUGUGACAGUGGCAUGAGGCAUCUAAUUAAGUUUUUCGAUUUUGAGUACUUGUCUCAACAUGGCUUGACUCCUUCAGUAACUGGAUUGGAAUUUCUUGGCUUUAAUUGA